AUGAGGAGGAUCAACUCGAAACCGAUUCAGAAAUACCUCCAACACUUGUUUCAUCAGAGGCAACCCGUUCUGGGCAUAAUAGCCUCAGGGAUGUUCAUGUACUUGCUCAAAAAGUGGAAAGGCAUGCUCUUAUUUCGAUCAGAAUCUUCCAUGCUGGAAGCAUCAGAAAGUUACCCCAGAAAUCUUGCAAAGUAUUGA